AUGUCCGCUCCCCAAAAGGCACGGCAACGGGAGCGCUUGCGCGCGGUCGAUAGAGUUGUCGCCACUGUCGACAAGGCACUUGCAAAAGAGGGAACCUCGACGAAGAAGCUGGACCGCUGGAAAGACGAGAUGCCCACCGAGCCGGAGAUGCUGGCAAAAGACAAAUACACGAUCUUCGCUCGUUAUGAAAAGAAGUACAGGAAGGGAAUUCACAAGCUUCCGAAGUGGACCAGAGUAUCGCAGCGCCUCAACCCGCCUGGUUUCUAA